AUGGAGGCCGCUUCGGAUUUAAUGCAGGCCGGCGCAAAUUGCCUGAAAAUAGAAGGCGCAGCGGGGCAUCUCGAUAUCGUUGCCCACAUCGUUGAGUCAGGUAUACCCGUUAUGGGGCAUCUGGGUCUUACGCCUCAAUCGGUUGAAGCCUUUGGUGGGCACAAGGUGCAGGGGCGCGAUGCACAGGCAGCAGCCGAAUUGACCGAGGCGGCGCGGCACCUGCAGCAGGCUGGUGUCUUUGCGCUGGUACUGGAGUGCGUGCCGGCAGAGCUUGCAAGUGCAUUGUCCAGUGAGCUUUGUAUUCCUACUAUUGGCAUCGGUGCCGGCGCUGGUACGGAUGGACAGGUACUUGUGUUGCAGGACUUGUUAGGCAUGGAUCCUGGUUUCAAACCAAAAUUUCUGCGUCACUAUGCGCAGGGUUUUAGUGUUGUGCAUGAUGCGGUGAAUGCCUUCCAUGAGGAUGUUACAGAGACCCAGUUCAGCGAAAAACUCUGUGGCAGAAAUCGACCGGGCCACUUCACUGGCGUGUUAACGGUGGUGAUGAAACUUCUCAAUAUUGUUAGUCCUCAGCGUGCUUACUUCGGUAAAAAGGACUAUCAGCAAUAUCUGCUGGUGCGGGAUAUGGUGCAGGCAUUUUUCAUGCCUGUCGAUAUUAUCGGUUGCGAUACAGUGCGGGAAAUCGAUGGGCUGGCCAUGAGUUCCCGUAAUUUAAACCUGGAAACAAGUGCGCGAAAACAGGCUGCUCGAUUUUACGAGAUUAUCAGUGCGCCGCUGUCCGACGCGGAAGAGAAACUGAUCACGCAGUUCCGCCAUGCAUCUACCGGUAGAAGCUCGUCUGAUGAAAUAGGUGUAUUUCUCCGUGGUGCCCUGCGCGAAAAUAAUGUCUCCCCAGAGCUGAUUAAAAUUAUUGCGAUCUCUUCGGUGGUACCGGAAUUGAAUUACUCGCUGCGGGCAUGCGCGCAGAAAUAUUUCAAAAUUGAACCGAUGAUCAUGCGUCCGGGUAUCAAAACAGGUUUGAAGAUUGCUUAUAAAGAUCCUAAAGAGGUAGGCAGUGAUCGAAUUGCGGAUGCCAUGGGCGCAGUCAAACUGUUUCCCGGCCACAAUUUGAUAGUGGUCGAUUUUGGUACCGCAACGACUGUGUGUGCAGUGACUGCAGAUCGAACGUUUUUGGGUGGCAAUAUCAUGCCGGGUGUACGCCUGGCGAUGGAAGCACUGGAAAGCAAAACCGCUAAGCUGCCUUCUGUUGAAAUCAAACCUGCAAAAUCGGCGAUUGGAAAAACCACUGUCGACAGUAUUCAGAGCGGUCUUUACUGGAGCAAUGUAGGUAUGGUGCGGGAGCUUGUCAGUCGCAUUACGUCGGAAGCGUUCGCUGAUGAAGAGCCGCUGGUAGUUGCUACCGGCGGCUUUGCUCAUCUGUUUGAUCGAGAAAAGCUAUUUGAUCACGUUGUCCCCGACCUUAUUCUGGAAGGUCUUCUGGAAGCUCUUCGGCUCAACGGUUAUAUGCCCAGGUGA